AUGCCUCGCAAUCGCAAAGGAAAUGGAAUCUUUGACUCUUAUGGUUUGCCAAAACCUAUCAUUGAAGUCGUGCAGACUACUGCCAAAACGACUGCUAGCACAAGUACCAGCACCAGCACCAGCACCAGGCACUUGAUCGAGUAUUCGGCGACACCGAACCAACCUUCAAGUCACAAUGAACAUACAUUGAGACAGAGCACGUUGAUGCCAAAGCUAGCAGAUGAGUACUUCAAGCAAAACUCGGUCAACUCUUUUUCUCCAGCACCGCCUGUUAAUAGUGAUGAGAUAGUCAUUGCGAAUGUGAAUGGUAGAAUGCUAUUCGCAGAACCAAUAGCAACCUACAAAAGUGAUGGUACAGGCAAAACCUUUGGAUUCAUUCGUCUCAAGGGCGAGAGGGUUAAAUUCAAAGCAGCAAGUGGUUGGGGAAGAAGAGAGUGUGACGAUUCAUUAAGGGACAACGAAUUUUGCUCAGCUGUAAGUUUCAUGAGUUCUGUUGGGGAAAGUAUUUAUGUUCUAGUUGUGAGAACUGGACCACAGGCAGUACUCUUCAAGUAUUGCAAUUUUUGCAAUUAUUUAGGCUUCAAACUUCGAAGAAAUUGCUGGGACAAAACUGAAAUCGGAAGAUAUGCGGCCUGCCAUGUUGAGAAGAAGCUCAUACUGAUGCUUGUACUGGAUUUGAUCUACGACCCAGAGACCGGCGAUAUUGCAAUGUUUAGAUUAGAAGAACUUUGGAAACUAAGACCGCCGCUCCGGGCACAAAUCUACAUCGAUAAAGACCCCUGUGAGGGUUGUAUAAAUUUUGCCACUAUAUUGAGGGAUUCGACGGGCAUCGAAUUCGAAAUAAUUGCUGCAAAAACUUUCGUGGAAGCAGAGUGGGUGAAGGUGAAUGGGAAAAAGCGGCUCCGGGGAAAGCAUACUGCACAAAAUGGACAAUCUCGAAUAACGAAGUACUCAAUGCCCAAGGCAAAUAAGUCAGGGAAGACGGUAGACAACAGCAUGCCUGAGGCUUCCCCAUCUUGGAAAAGCAAAUCUGAAGGGAAGCGGAAGAGAUUGUUGGACGAUUACGAUGACGAGUUUGAUGAUGGAUCAUCUAUCUUCCAUGCCAAUGAUUUGCAACCAAAGGCCAAAAGAUCAUACGGUCACCCUCGAACUGUCGAUCAAGUCAACGAAUCGAAGUCUAACUCAUCUGCCCUUCAUUUGAGGAGGCAAACCCCAACACACAACGUGCAGAAAGAUCUUUCUAGCAACACGCACUUGCCUUCAACUAAACAACGAAGCACAAAAGUGGAUAUGAAGUCCACGAAUUCUAGCCUGCCUUUGAAUUCGAUUAAAUACGCCAAAGUGCCUCCACCACGAGGUACAGCAGUGGACCAUUACUCUACUUCAGUAAGGAGUGGCAGGCUGCACGGCCAUGCUGUACCUUCUGAGCGAUCACGAGCAAUAGCAGAGUUUCAGCAGGCAAAAAGGAGUUUACUUUCCAAGCCUGUAGAUCGCAACUUGCCAAGCCGUCGCAACGUGCCAUCCAUAUCUUCACCCGCCCAAACAGAGUUUUACACAGCAUCUGAUGAUUUAGAUUCCAUGAGCUUGAGAAGUUCGAGAACAGCUUCACCUGACAGACCUGCGGAUAUUAAGGCGACGGAGCCUGUCACCCCUUCAAGAUCUGCCCAGAGCUCACGUGAACGAAACCUGAGCAAAGCUGCAACUCAUAGCUCAUCAUCAUCAAGGCAAGCCAGUUCCAGGAGCAUUGAUUUGACUACUCCCGAGCCAUCGCCAUUCUUAAAGAUCAAACACUAUAAAUACACACCACCUUUCAAAUCCAGUAGAGAUCACUCAGAGAAGAAGGCUGCUCCUAUCCCAUUCAAGCUUUCCUAUAACCUCGAUUAA